GCUUGUUCUGCUCAACACACCUCUACACACCACUCUCUCCACUCUCCCCUUCUCUCCUCCCCCCCUCCCAAAACAUCGCCAUGCUCCGCAGCCUCCGUGCCACCCGCGCCAUCAAGCGCUCCGCGUUCCAGCAGCAGCAGGUCCGCAACCUCUCGAUCCACGAGUACCAGUCUGUGCAGCUGCUCAACCAGUACGGCGUCGACACGCCCGUCGGCAAGCCGGCCUUCACGCCCGCCGAGGCCGAGUCGGUCGCGGCCGCGUUCGGCAAGCCCACCGUCAUCAAGGCGCAGGUGCUCGCCGGCGGCCGUGGCAAGGGACACUUUGACAACGGCUUCCAGGGCGGUGUGCACAUGGUUGACACCCCCGCCGAGGCCAAGGACUUCGCCUCCAAGAUGCUCGGCCACAAGCUCAUCACCAAGCAGACUGGUGCCGGCGGCCGCAUCUGCAACGCCGUCAUGCUCGCCGAGCGCAUGCCCCCCGCCAAGGAGUACUACGCUGCCAUCCUCAACGACCGUGCUGCCGGCACCCCCGUUCUCGUCACCUCCAACCAGGGUGGCAUGAACAUUGAGGACGUUGCCCACGACACGCCCGAGGCCAUUGUCACCACCCCUCUCGACUUUGAGAACGGCAUCUCGCACGCCGACGGUGUCAAGCUCGCCGAGAAGCUCGGCUUUGCCCCCAACGCCCGCGACAACGCCGCCGACACCUUCUCCAAGCUCUACCAGAUCUUCAAGGACAAGGACUCCACCCAGAUUGAGAUCAACCCCCUCGGCGAGCUCCCCGACGGUCGUGUUCUCUGCAUGGACGCCAAGUUUGGCUUUGACGACAACGCCGACUUCCGCCAGAAGGACGUCUUUGCUCUCCGUGACACCACCCAGGAGGACCCCCAGGAGGUCCAGGCUGCCGAGUACGGCCUCAACUUCAUCAAGCUUGACGGUGACAUUGGCUGCCUUGUCAACGGUGCCGGUCUUGCCAUGGCCACCAUGGACGUCCUCGCCCUCCACGGCGGUUCGCCCGCCAACUUCCUUGACGUCGGUGGUGGUGCCACUGCCGAGGCUGUCAAGGCGGCCUUCAAGCUCAUCCUUUCCGAGAAGAAAGUCAAGUCGAUCUUUGUCAACAUCUUUGGCGGUAUCAUGCGUUGCGACGUCAUUGCCGACGGUAUCAUCCAGGCCACCCACGAGCUCAACCUCUCUGUCCCUCUGAUUGUCCGUCUCCAGGGUACCAAGGAGGCCGAGGCUAAGAAGAUGAUCAAGGAGUCUGGUCUCAAGAUCUACGCCUACGACGACCUUGACGAGGCCGCCGCCGAGGCCGUCAAGCUUGCCAAGUAGACAAGUAGACGACGUUGGACGAGGGGUGCGAGGGUGUGACCGCAACCUCGUGCUUUGAGUGUAUAGCUACAGAGACGGAUGCAGUCAAACAUUACGCAG